UUUGGAAGCGUGAUCUCGGUGGUAGGAUGUGCGUGCAAUCUAUUGCUACUGUUCGUCUUCCUCGUGAAAGGCUCCAACAAUCCCUUUCAAACAUUUCUUGCCUUUCUUGAUUUUAUGCUAUGUUUCUUGUUUAUUACUUGUUUUGGUGCGCUCAAAAUUUCUGUCACAUUUAGAAUAGAAUGGAUUUACAUGGCGGUUACAACAUACAACGUUCAUAUGCUCAUAGCCAGCAGAAUUGUUCAGUUGUGUAUUCCUUAUAUUUUGAUUGCUAACACGGCUUACCGAUUAGCCUCAAUUACGGGGAGAGAUCGACAAACAGGCAAUCGAAAACUUCAAGCAAUAGUUCUUAUGAUUGCCACUAUAGUGGUAGUUCUUCGAUUUCCUGGUUAUUUCUUCAUUCAAGUGGUUGAUUUACCAAACUGCGACCUCUUCGAAAGCCGUGUGCUAUCGGGAAAGGAAAUGGAUCCCGGUAUUUCUGGAAUUUACAGGACAAGUGAUGUUUUCAUCCAGUUUCUGCAUCUUUUCGUCUCAUUCGUUAUUCUUUGCGUUCUAAAUUGUGUCGUUUUGCAAAAGUUGAGAAGUUCACAUCGGAGAGCUAGACGUCAAUCAUCAUGUCCAUCAGUUAUGCACACAUUUCUGCAAUUACAGACAAAACGCAAUGCUGCUGAGGAAGAAGAACGACGUGAACAUAAACGACUACGUUGUGCAGUAAAAACAACAAUUGUCAUUAUAUCCUCCUAUCUGGCGUGUAAUAGCGUUAAAGAACGAUCAUUUCAGGAUAAAGAUGGGAAUUUCAAUGUAUUCUAUGUGUUAGCCAGUGAUCUUGGCACAAAUCUCUUCGUCCUAUCCUCAACUAUACGCAUUUUCGUCUACUAUAAAUAUAAUCCACAGAUCCGUCAACAAAUUCAGGGUGUAACAGCUUUAAACUGCCUACUUCGUACAAAGAAAAAAGAUUCUGUCAAAAAUGAACCACUGAUAGCCGUCUCGUUAUGAUC